GGAAAUUUUUCUUGAGUAAAUAAUUUUGUUCAUUGUUUGGCAACCCUUAACAGUACAACAAAAGGCCAUGAAUGGCCAAACAACCACUACAGCUUACAAAAAGGCAACAAAACAACAAAAGAAAAGGGCAGAAACGUAUUAUCCUAGCUAAGAAUAAUCGAGUCCCAUUGCCAUACAGCAAGUUUGGUUCUCAGUAGGCAAAGGCAUAUUCCUCCAAGAACCUCACAUAGCUACCCAUAAGAUGAAGGACCCCAAUCUAUUUUUCGUUUGUUCAUUAUUGGGCAAACCAUGUAGAUUGCUUGAUCGGUGUGAGAGAAAAUCGUCGGCGCAAGCCACCAAUUGCAACAAACACCUCUCUUUCAGUUGUAUUCUUCCCCCAAAACCUCAAUUAUUCUUGGUUUGGGCUUAUUGGUAUUUUUACUUCUUUAUGUGGACGGGCAACUUGAAUUGUGAUUUAAUCCAAAGGUCAGAUUGGGUCCCGUUCGAUCAAAGAAUUUUAGUGAAUCUCAUCAGACUCAUUGAUAUGAGAGUUACCCAAUCUGAAGUGUCUUAUUCAAUUGAUUCGAGUUCGUAUCCUUUUGACCUGACUUAUUGUGACCAAUAGCUUCAUAGUUUUCUUUUUCUUUUUCUCGGAGUAAUAAGUUUUCCAAUUUUGUAAUUUACGGUUAGAUUUACCUAUCUAAGCACAGCCAAAUCUAUGUAGUCCCCUAUGGCAAUGGAUUACACAUCUAAUAUUUAUGUGCUUUGACAGGUCAACAAUGCAAAUACCAGCUAUAUGGACUUGCAGUAUGACUGCAUAUUUAAUGCUAAGGUCUCUGACCAACUAAAUCGACUAUAUUUGAAGUUCGUGAAGAGGGAUCCUGGUUAUGAUGGAAAGGUUUCCUUGUACGGUCACUCUUUGGGAAGUGUUCUCUCAUAUGAUAUUAUUUGCCAUCAAGAGAAUUUAUCCUCCCCCUUUCCAAUGGAGUGGAUGUAUAAAGAACAACACCUUGCAAAUGAAGAAUCUUCUUCCCCUACUCUUAACAACCAAUCUGCAGACUGCAAUUUUAAAUCCAGUCAUAACAAGAACGUUGGUUCAUUGAACAAUCAAACUAAGGGAAUGGUAGGUCCCUCAGAAGAAGACAAUCCGGCCGAAAAACCAACUUUUCCAGUGCCGGAGAUGGAAGAUUCUUCUUUUCCCACUGGGUUUUCUGUCCCAUUAGACUUGGACGAACCUUCUGCAAUGGAGGUGGAGUCUAAACAAUCUGAUGCUAUUGAUCAAUGGGGAAAGAUGACGACGGGCAGGUUUUUGAUUCUAGAGAUAUGCUUUCUUGCAAAAGGGAAUAUUUUAAUGACGCCUCUGACCUGAAUUAUCAAGUGCUACUGGGCGAUGUAGGAAAGCUAUCCUGCAGUGGGUCUGAGAGUGAUAAGGACUAAGCAAUCAAACCGCUAAGAGGGAGGUGGUAUUUAGCAACUUAGGUGCCUUAGUUUCCAGAUAUUUGUUUAUCCUACUGAAUAAAUUUGCUAAUAUCACAGAUUGAUUGCCUAAAAACAAGGAUCACCGAAUUAUAAACUGUGCGUUGUGGUGAAGGUACAUGUAGGGGAUGUAAUAUUAUUUUUAUUGUUACACUCCCCCAUUCUUGUGCUUCGGCCCUUUAUUGUUUUUUUUAUCAAUGUGGCUAAUAUGUAUUUUGUAUAUUGAGAGGGUAUAUGGGAUUUGAUGAGCUACCUCAACAGGAAAUGAGACAGUAUCGGCGACUACUGCAAAUCAACCUUUCUGGAAAUCUUCUAUGUGGACAAAAUGAUACGCUGAACUAUUACACUCCUUAUAUCAAAUAUAAGAAGUUGGAAUUCGAGGUGGACACCUUCUUUGCAGUCGGGUUUCCACUCGGUGUAUUUCUUGCCCUCCGCAAUACUUGUAUAGGGAUCGGUAAUAAAUUUGUUAUUGCAUGCUUAGUUUCUGUAAAUUUGAUAUUUUGUCUUACUGUCUCCGUUUUUACUUGGGAGAAAUCGGUUAAUUUAGUUGGUAGAAGUAUUUUGACUUCAUUGUGUUCUUUUUUGAAAUUCAUUGUACGAGUUUCUUACUCAAUCAGAGUAGCAUAAAUCUCUACGCCAAUGUGAUACAAAAUGUGAUUAAUAUACACAUGGAGUUUAAUUUUCUCAAAGGUUUCCAGUUCCAAGGUGAUCAAUGAGACUAUAAUCUUAGUUCCAAUAACUCGAGAUUUUUAGUGAUUGCGGACUUGGCAUUUUGUGCCUUACUUUCUUAGAUUCUUCAUAGGUUUUGGAGGCAUAGAUAGUGUGCGGCACAGACAUUUCUAUAGAGUAGCGGUGUCCCUAUCAGAGCACGUGCGGACACUAGCACUUCUUUGUAUUCCCAAACUAGCUUCGUCUCCUUGCAAAAGCACCUGUUGGACAUUAACGCUUCUCGACACUCCUGACAUGCUGAUUGCUUCUCGGAUAUGUCCAUAUGGUUUGAAAUAAACAUACUAAUGUAUCACACUUGGUUGACGCUUUCUCUUAAUAAGAGCAUUCCUUGGCACUCUUGAUUUUAGAUAAAGAAAAAUCUGUAAGUUGCCAACUUUCUUCAAGAGCAUAUAAUCUUCCCUGAUAAGAGAGGACUUGAAGUUGAUGGCUUGGAUCAUUUCCAAGAAGUUUCUCACCGGCUAAAGUUGGCAAGGGUCUCUCUCUUCUGCC